ACAUAAUAUUAUACGGUUGUGUGUACCGAAAUUACACACAUUUGACCUAUAUGGGCUGUGCUCUUGGUAUUGGAUUCUGCUGUCGCUCCGAACAGUAUUCCGCCCCUUGAUACAUAUGUUGUGACGAUGCCGAAAGAAAUAAUCACACUGCAAGUUGGCCAGUGCGGUAACCAAAUAGGUAUAGAAUUCUGGAAGCAGCUCUGUGCUGAGCACGGCAUUGACCAGGAAGGGCAUGUAAUUGGGAACCAAAAUUAUCACCAUGAUAGGAAAGAUGUCUUCUUUUAUCAGGCUGAUGAUGAGCAUUACAUCCCAAGGGCGGUACUUUUCGACCUUGAACCUAGGGUGGUCCAUGGAAUCAUGACAUCUGAAUACCAGCGACUUUAUAACCCAGAGAACGUAUUUCUUUCAAAGGAUGGAGGUGGUGCUGGAAACAACUGGGCAAGAGGAUAUGCCACUGCCGAUAGAGUGCAGGAUGAGUUAUUUGAUAUUAUCGACAGAGAAGCCGAUGGUUCUGACUCACUAGAAGGUUUCGUUCUUUGCCAUUCUAUUUCUGGUGGUACUGGAAGUGGUAUGGGAAGUUACCUUCUAGAAAGUCUAAAUGAAAAGUAUCCCAAGAGGCUUAUACAGACUUACUCUGUAUUCCCUCACCUCACCACUGAGACCAGUGACGUGGUUGUUCAACCCUACAACAGCAUACUAACGCUAAAACGUUUAACCCUGAACGCGGACUCUGUCGUUGUACUCGACAAUGCUGCACUCAAUCGCAUUUUAGUGGAGAAAUUAAAAGUCACAACUCCAUCAAUACAAGAAACAAACACAUUAGUAUCUAAUGUAAUGGCUGCAUCCACCGCCACACUGAGGUAUCCGGGACCCAUUAACAAUGACUUACUGGGCCUCAUGGCCUCACUCAUCGCAGUGCCUCGUUGCCAUUUUCUCAUCACAUCUUAUACUCCAUUAACACUACAAAAGCACGUUUCAUCAAUACAGAAGACCACUGUUCUUGACGUUAUGCGUCGUUUAUUCCAAACACAGAAUGUGAUGAUGUCUGCCCCUAUGAAAGAUGGCAAAUAUAUGUCAGCGCUAAAUGUAAUCAUGGGCGACGUGGAUCCGACAGAAAUACACAAGAGCCUGCAGAGGAUUAGGGAGCGGAAGCUAGUGGAAUUUAUCAAGUGGAACCCAGCAUCUAUCCAAGUAGCGCUAUCCAAACAUUCACCAUACGUACCACAACAACACAAGGUGUCAGGACUGCUACUGGCAAAUCACACUUCGAUAGCCGGGUUAUUUCAACGCUGUAUACAACAAUUUGAUAAACUCUACAGUAGAAGAGCGUUUUUGGACAAUUAUAAGAAAGAAGCAAUGUUCAGUAGUCCGGAUGGCCAGGGUAAUUUCGAAGAAAUGGAACAUUCCCGCGACAUCUCUCAAUUGCUCAUAGACGAGUAUAAGAGAGCUGAACAAGAUGAUUUCUUUGACUUGGGAUGUCAACUUUAGUAGAUAUGUUCAUUGAACAAGUCAUUGGCAAAUUGACAAAACUAUCGUGACCUAUAUAGUUAUAAAUCAAACCGAAGCGCGCAUCGGGUUUUGUCCAACAACUAUAUAUACU